UCAAACCUGGAGGUGAGGCUUCAUGUGGCUCAUUCCUCACGUUGUCAUCGUGUUGUCCACACCUGUCUCUGGUACCAGCUGCUCCCACCAUUCCUUACCUGAGCCAUACAGGUUGUGGUUGGCAGAGAUGGUGGAUAUCAGGUCGUUCAUAGUGUUCCUGUCCACCGCUGUGCUCAUGGCUUCAACAAACUUGCCUCGUUAUCGAACACUUCAUUCCAAAGCAGGUAAAAGAGAUACCUUAACAGGAAGCGAGGCAGUGAAUGCUGUGCUGACAACAGAUACUGCUGCACUCUGCUCACUCAUUCUCUUUGUUGACGGCAAAACCUCGUCUCGUGCUGUUUUUAAGGUGAGCUCUUGA